AUGGAUAAAAAGCUCCUGAAAGCAGCUACGCUUGGUUCAUUUGAAGAAUCAGACAGUGCAGUAAAGGUAAAGUGCUCACUAAACAGAAGAAUGCUGCUUGGAAGAACUGCACAGGGGAACACCUGCCUUCACAUAGCUUCCAUGCAUGGCCAUGAGAGAUUCUGCAGCGAUGUGCUGGAGAUCGACGACUCUCUGCUUGCUGCUGUCAACUCCCAUGGGGAGACACCCCUGCUGAUCGCCAUUACCAGUGGACACCCCUCUCUGGCCUCUUUUUUUCUCGGUCGCUGCAAUACUAAUCCAGUGUUCAGUGGUUCAGUCUUGAUACAGGAUUGUGAUGGAUGUAAUGCACUGCACCAUGCCAUUCGCAGUGGCUACAGGAACCUUGCUUUGGAGUUGAUAACAACUCAGCCUGCCUUGUCCCAAGGUGUGAACAAGUUCAACGAGUCCCCCAUGUACCUUGCCCUGACGAGAGGUUUUACAGAUUUGUUUGAGGAAUUGUUUGCAAUUCCUGGCUCAGCUCAUUCAGGAAGCUACAGCUACAAUGUUCUUCAUGGUGCUGUGAAGUAUGGGAAUCCAGAUAUUGUAAAAAAAAUUAUGAGGUCCCGCCCAUGGCUGGCCAGGGAAGAAAACGACUCUGGCCAUACUCCCAUGCAGAAGGCAGUACACUGGGACAAGGGAGAAAUGCUAGGAACAAUGUUGGAACAUGACUACUCUCUGGGUUAUGUAGGGAGCAGCAAAACUGGCAGACCUCUGCUUGUUUCUGCAGCAUUUCAAGGCCAUGUGAGUGCUGCUCAAGAGCUUCUUAGGCACUGUCCAGAUACUCCUUGCUGCCAAGCUGAUGGUUGGACAUGCCUUCAUGAAGCUAUAGAGUUUGGCCAUGCAAACUUUGUUGAGUUCAUCCUAGGGGCACCACAACUUGGAAAGUUAACCAACAUGCGAGAUGGAAAAGGAAGGACUGCGUUACAUCACGCAGUCCGGAAGUGCAAUCCCAAAAUCGUGGCUGCUCUCCUUCGCAGAGGCUCUCGCAUAGACUGCACAAUGCUUGACCAAAAUCGUGAUCCAGCCAUUUGGGGAUUAGACGAGGCCAUUCAUCAUGCCAAGACUUUAAACUGGAGUAAAGUUUCAGUGCUUAUGCUGAAAGCUGACCCUGGAAAUAAGUCCACAGUCGAUAAUCUCUACAAGAAAGCCAAACGAAAUGUAAUCGAGGCAUCAAGGAAGGAUGCGAAGUGGCUAACUGAAAUGUACACGACCAACACCUCGUUGGUGGCCAUCCUGAUUGCAACAGUCACCUUCGCCGCCGCAUUCACCUUGCCCGGAGGAUACAACUCUGAUUCAGGAAGUGAUCAAGGGCUUCCUGUCAUGUCAAGAAACGCCGCGUUCCAAGUGUUCUUGGUCUCGGAUACCCUAGCCAUGCUAUCUUCACUUGCUGUUGCCUUCAUAUGCAUCUUGGCGAGACGGGAAGAUCUCGAGUUCUUGCUUUACUACAGGUCCCUCACCAAGCAGCUUAUGUGGUUCGCAUACAUGGCAACAGCUACGGCAUUUGCUACUGGUUUAUACACGGUACUGUCCCCUCGGUUGACAUGGUUAGCCGUUGGAAUUUGCAUUCUGUCAGUUGUAAUGCCCAUUGUUACCAAGGUGCUCGGGGAAUGGCCCAUGUUGAUGCUCAGAAUGCAAUUAGGAUCAUCUACGCCAGAAUUCCUUGAUAUGGUCUGA